CGACCGAAGAAGAUGUUGACGGCUAGUGCGUUUACAAAAAUGAUGUUUCGGGCGUAAUUGUACAUUGGAUAUAUAUAAAAAUGGGUGGAAAAGACUCUAAACUUGCAUUCAUCACAUUUGAUGAUGCGGUAAAGCGAGUAUCAGAAAAUGAGGGUAAAAGGUUAAAAGAAGCCUUUAAAAGGGCUUCCACUUUGAGUGGCUGGAUGACAGAAAAUCUGUUUGUUAGAGAAGUUUUAUGGGAUGGAGUUCCAGCCAAAAUGGCACAGCUUAUAUUUAAAGGAUUUGGAGGCUCAUCAAAAGGUUUAAGUUUUAAAGAUCUACUGUGUGGAUUAGUUGUUUUAACAAGAGGAACAAGAGAAGAAAAAAUGAAAUUAAUAUUUGGAAUAUAUGCUGAUGAUAGUUAUAGUUUUGUACAAAAAGAUGAAACAGAUCGUAGAAUACUGGAAACAGAAGGGCAAAUUUCAACAGCAGUGUCUGAUUUGUUUAGAGAGUGUGAUCAAGUGAACUAUGAUCAGUUCUGUUCCUGGUUAAGAAGCCAUCCUGAUGCUACAGUAAUAACCAAAUGGUUAUUGAUGGAACCUAGUGCUAUAUCUUUAUCUAAUGACAUGGACACGCCCACAUUCUAUCAAACUUUAGCUGGUGUAACACAUUUGGAAGAGACAGAUAUCAGUGAAUUAGAAAAAAGAUACUGGACGUUGAAAGCCCAAUCACGUUCUGGACGAUUUGAUUUAGAAACUUUCAGGAGUUUUGUUAUUCCACCUUUGCCUGAAAAAAUAUGUGAAGGAUUAUUUUUAGCAUUUGAUGAAAAUCGAGAUAAUCAUAUAGAUUUUAAAGAGAUGGCUUGUGGGAUCUCUGCUUGUUGUCGUGGUCCUUCUACAGAGAGACAGAAAUUUUGUUUUAAAGUAUUUGAUACAGAUCAUGAUGGUAAACUGAGUAAAGAUGAUGUAAGAUUAAUGUUAGAAGCUCUAGAGAAAGUCAAAAAGGAAUAUAAAUCACAGGCUGCCUUGGAUGCAGAAGAUUUUCCACCAUUAGACCCUGAUACUGUUACUAGAGAAAUUAUGUCUUGUCAUGAUAAUGAUAAGGAUGGUUAUAUAACAAUGGAAGAAUAUUUAGUAUGGAGUGUUAAUAAUACUUUAACAGAUGAUUUUCUGGGUUUAUUAAGUCAGAUAUCUCAUAUUGUAUUGGGUUUAAAACCACAGACAAAAGAAGAAGAAGGAAAAAUUGUUCAAAGCUGGUUAGAACGUGAAUCCCAGAAGCCAUUAAAGAUUGGUCAGAUUUGGUACCUUAUCAGCAUGCAAUGGUGGAAUACUUGGUUAGAAUAUGUCAAUAGUGAUCUUAUACAUGCAUGUGAGUACCCAAUCGCUGAAGGAAAUGUGACACCAAAGCAUAAAAUAGUCAAAGGUCGACCGUCUACUGGACUUCUGGCGUGGGAAGAUGAUUCUGUAAUAAUGAUAAAUGCUUCUAAAAUGUCUGGAUCUGGAGAUCGUGAAUUACCAUUAGUUAACAGUCUUUCAAAUAUAAAUACCACCAAUGGAUCAUACAACAGUUUACCAAGAAUGGGUUCAGCCAAUAGAAGUCCUAGAAAAAACAGCUUAAAUCCAAUAGAUAAUACCUCCGUAAACAGAAGUCCAAGUCCAUCUCCUAAAACCAGACGAAAAAAUAUGGUGUCUUUUGGUCCACCUCAAAGACCAACUGCUAUUGAUAAUAAUUCAUUAAUCAUCAAUUCAACUCAUAAUAAGGUGAUGACAUUAACUAAUGAAGGUGGUAGAUUAAAGAGAGAUACUGUAUUAGUUAGAGGAAAAGAUUUUGAACUUGUACCAGAACCAAUUUGGAGGGCUUUAUCUAGUUGGUAUGGAGGGGCACCAGCUUUACCUAGAACUGUGAUAUCAAAUGGCUGUGAUUCUCAGCCUGAGUUAGAAUUAUAUCCAAUCUCUGUGAGAUUAUUACGACAUCAGGUACCGAGUCAAAGACCUCCCCCACCUACAACAUUUACCGGUAUGAUGGCAGGUAUUGGUGGAAUGGCUUGGAAUUUUGCAGCUAAUCCAAGCGCUCCAAGGAGAUAUUUAGCUUACACAGCAGCAUUCAGUCGGAAACAUACGUUAUUACAAAUUUAUGAAUUUCUAUGUACUAAAUUACGAUUUACUAGAGAAGAUAUACGACUGUGGAAAGUCAGUCAAAAAGAUGAGCAAAACAUGACAUUAUUAGAAGAUGAUAAUAUGACUGUAGAAGAAGCAACUAUUGAGGAAAACCAACAAAUAUUAAUAGAAGUGAGAAAUAAAGAUUUAACAUGGCCUGAAGAAAUGUCUCAACUAGCUAAAAAUAGAUCUCUAAAAAAAGACGAUGUGCCAACUGAAAGAGGAGCUACAGGAUUAAAUAAUCUUGGUAAUACAUGUUUUAUGAAUGCUGCUGUACAAUGUGUAUCUAAUACAUGGCCCUUAACACAGUAUUUUAAUACAGCUCUACAUCUGUUUGAAUUAAACAGGAACAAUCCUAUUGGUAUGAAAGGUCACAUAGCUCAGAGAUAUGGUGAUUUAGUUAAAGAUAUAUGGAGUGGUACAUCACGUACUAUAGCUCCUCUUAAACUCAGGUGGACGAUAGGAAAAUAUGCUCCUCGUUUUAAUGGUUUUCAACAGCAUGAUUCUCAAGAACUACUUAGUUUUCUUCUGGAUGGUCUUCAUGAAGACUUGAACAGGGUUCAUAAUAAACCAUAUGUGGAAUUGAAAGACAGUGAUGGUAGACCAGAUUUAGUUGUAGCUAGAGAGGCAUGGGAGAAUCAUGUGUUACGCAACCAGUCUAUCAUUGUCGAUUUAUUUCAUGGACAGUUAAAAUCACAGGUUCGAUGUCAGGAAUGUAGUCAUAUUAGUGUCCGCUUUGAUCCAUUUACAACUCUCUCACUACCUCUUCCUAUGGAUUCGUGUAUUCAUUGUGAAAUCAUAGUGUAUACAUUAGAUGGAUCAGUACCUAUCAAAUAUGGCUUGCGUUUAAAUAUGGAUGAGAAAUAUAAAACAUUAAAGAAAGAAUUAAGUGGAUUAACUAAUAUUCCACCUGAAUGUUUAUUAUUGGUGGAAGUAAUGGGGCCUAUAGUAAAGACCUUGCCACAAGAUAACCAGAAGAUGCGAUCACUGCUUGGUGGUAAUCUAUAUGCAUAUGAAUUACCCGCCCCUCCUGAGAUACAGGCGAUAACAGCAGAAGAAGAAAGAAAUGGGGCUGUUAAAGAAAGUAUUGGUUUAAGUGAAAUACAGAGAGGCCUGACGUCAAAGAGAUCAACAGCAAAUGGCAGUUUACCAAAUGGCCAACCUCCAGAAUUAGAAAAUUCUCCAGCACACAUGAACUUGGGUAAUUUGACUGGAUCACCCAGCCACUCUCGUAGCCCUAGUAACAUCAGUGGUAUGGUGGAUAGUAUGAGUAAAUCUGGUACAGAACUGUUUGAUGGAUUUGUAAUCGGUGUUCACCGGAAAAUGAUUCUUAUGGAUGUGUACUUCCUCUCAUCGCAAAAAACAAGACCAAGUUUGUUUGGAACACCCAUCAUUAUCCCAUGUCGAGAAAAGACAGCUAAUCAAGAUUUGUAUCAUUUUGUAUGGGCACAAGUUGCUAGAUUAGUGAGUCCUCUACCACCUUCUGAGCAAAAGACAGCAAACCAUGCACAAGACUGUGAUGAUAGCUUAGGCUAUGAAUAUCCGUUUACACUGAAAGUUGUGCAGAAAGAUGGUUUUACUUGUGCUAAAUGUCCAUGGUAUAGGUUUUGUCGUGGAUGUAAGAUAGAAUGUAAUAGUAGUUUAUUUAAUAGUGCUGGAUCGUUUGUGGCCAUUGAUUGGGAACCCACAGCUUUACAUCUCCGAUAUCAAACAACUCAGGAACGGUUUUAUGAAGAACACGGUAGCGUUGAAGAAAGUCGAAGAAAGCAAACCGAACCUAUAGAUUUAGACACAUGUUUACAGGCAUUUACGAAAGAGGAAGAACUUGGAGAAGAUGAAUUAUAUUAUUGCUCGAAAUGUAAAAAACAUUGCUUAGCUUGUAAAAAACUAGAUAUCUGGAGACUGCCACCCGUACUUAUUAUAAAUUUAAAACGAUUCCAGUUUUUAAACGGAAGAUGGGUUAAAUCUCAUAAGAUUGUUAAAUUUCCAUUUAAAGACUUUGAUCCAACACAUUAUCUAGCUCAGAGGCCACCAAAUCCUCAAAAUUGUAUCAGUUCAAGCGACCAAUCAAAGAAUUCCUUACAUUCCUCAACACCCAAUGGCACCACAGUUUGUAAAUCUGAUGGCAUAAAAUCAGAUUUAAAAGAAGUGAGUUUAGUAGGAGAUGAUGAUACAGAAGAUUAUACAGACGCUAGAUAUGAUCUUUAUGCUUUGUCGUGUCAUACUGGUAUUCUGGGAGGAGGUCAUUAUGUUGCCUAUGCAAAAAAUCCCAAUAAAAAUUGGUACUGUUAUAAUGACAGUAGUUGUAAGGAAAUGCAAGAAAGUCAAGUAGAUACAAAUUCGGCCUACAUUCUUUUUUACGAACGACAUAAUCUAGAUUAUAAUAAAUUUAUGCCAGAUGUAACAGGAAAGGAACCUGACACUUCGGAAAUAGAUGAUGAAUUUGAAUCCGAUUUGAAAAAGAUGUGCGUUGUUCAGUAGUGACUAUGAUCGUAUGUUGUAUCAUUUUUUUUAAUCAUUUUCAAUUGUUUGUAAAUACUUGUAAAUAUGGUAUGUAAGUAUAUAUAUACUAUAGCGAGUGAGUCAGAUUAUUAAUUGUUUUUGCUAAAUAUUCUAAGUUUUACCAUUUGUUUUUGUUUCUUAAUGAUUUGUAUUAUAUUCAAUGUACAUGAAAUUUA